AAGUCUAACAAGAACCGGGUCAAUAGACCAUGUAACUUCAGUCCCGACGGCCCAACCCAGUCAGUUUCAGCGCCGAAAAGAGCCUCUCAAACUCCAAAAAUAAAAUUGGCAGUAAUAGUAUAGCGCGAGGGGGGGAAAAGGAAAAACCACCUCAACUCAAUCAAGAAUCAACUAUGGAAUUUGCGUGCUCUGAUCUGAAUCUCUGGCAAGAAGCUCUAUCUGCUUACCCUUCCCGCAUACAAUCUCUCAACAAACCCAAUUUGGUUUCGCUCGAUGACUAUUACCGCAACGAACUCCCACCUCUCCUCCACCAGCGAAACCCUAGCCCUUACAUCACCACCUCCGAGCUCUCAAAGCUCAUGCAGUGGAAACUUACCCGUGGAAAAUGGAGGCCGCGUCUGUUGGAUUUUGUUUCGGCUUUGGACGAAGACCUGGUAAAAUCGGCAUCGCAAAAGGGGUUUCAAUCCCUGCCCGAUAUAUCGAAAGCUCUAUCUGAGCUUACGGUGCUCAAAGGCGUUGGUCCAGCCACGGCUUCAGCGAUCCUGGCAGCUUACGCCCCUGAUGUAGCGCCAUUCAUGUCAGAUGAGGCUAUGGAGGCAGCUUUGGGAAACUCUAAAGAUUACUCGGCGAAGCAAUAUCUGUUGUUUGCAAAUAAAUUACAGACUAAAGCAAAGGAGUUGAGUUCAGAAGAAGGGAGCUUCACACCAUCAGACGUGGAAAGAGCGUUAUGGAGUUCUGUUGUAGGGGAAAAGGUGCAACCUUCACAGUCAAAGUCUAAUCAAAUUCAAAAUUCAAGACAAAAGAGAAAACGUUAAUUUUGUAUUACCUUUGUCGACAUCAGCUUUUGUAAAUUUGAACUCAUAGAUUGUUAAAUGCUUCUUUUAUUUGCCAAAACAGUGUUUUACCAACUGAGUUUAAUUUGAGUGAAUUCUUUUUUUUA